AUGCGAGGUUCAAUUGCGCAGGAGAUUCAAUAUCCGUGCCAGUACGACGACGGCAUCUUCAACAUAGCGAUUGACAUUGGCGGAAGUCUAGCGAAGGUGGUGUUUUCACCAAUUGGAACCAACCGAAUAUUAUUUCACACCGUUGAGACUGAGAGGAUUGACAAGUUCGUGCGAUUAUUACAUUCGAUUGUCGAGAGUCAUCAUGCUGGAGAUUAUUCGACGACUCAGAUAACAGCGACUGGCGGUGGUGCGUACAAAUUUUACGAGCUUUUGAACAAGGAGUUUCCAAACGUUAUCCAGAUCAAGCGGCUCGACGAGAUGGAAUGUCUGAUCAAAGGCGUCGACGCGUUCAUCCACGAAAUUCCGGACGAGGUUUUCACCUACAACGACCAGGAUGGGGCCCAGAAUGUUCUCCUACCCAAUGGAUCGGCACAUUCACCUAAGACCUACCCGUACCUGCUUGUAAAUAUCGGAUCCGGGGUGUCGAUCCUGAAAGUAGAGAAUGCAGAAACCUUCUCGCGCGUUGGUGGCUCUUCGCUUGGAGGCGGUACGCUGUGGGGGUUGCUUUCUCUUAUCACCGGUGCGCAGACUUAUGACCAGAUGCUGGACUGGGCCCACGACGGCGACAAUACUAACGUCGAUAUGCUUGUUGGUGACAUUUAUGGGACAGAUUACAACAAGAUUGGUUUAAAAUCUUCGAACAUCGCCAGCUCAUUUGGGAAGGUGUUUCAAAACAGAAGGGGAUCGCUGAGUAAAUCAUCAGCUGCCGCCUCAAACUCCGCGAGUCCAACUACAUCUCACGCGGAUAUAGCAUCGAGAAACAAAAAGUUCAAGAACCCAGACGUUUGUAAAAGUUUACUUUACGCCAUCUCCAAUAAUAUUGGACAAAUUGCAUACCUACAGGCAAAAAUCCACAACGUUCAAAAUAUUUAUUUUGGUGGAUCGUACAUUAGAGGCCAUUUAAUGACUAUGAAUACCUUAAGCUUUGCUAUAAACUUCUGGUCCCAGGGAAGGAAACAGGCAUUCUUCCUGAAACAUGAGGGGUACCUCGGAGCGAUGGGCGCACUCUUAAGCGCCUAA